UGAAAAGUUUAGAUAAAAUGGGUAUCAAACAUCUAUGGGAUUUACUCACACCCCACUGCGAGCGAAAACCUCUGUUUGUGUUACACGACAAAACUGUUGCAGUCGAUUUGUCGGGAUGGAUUUGUGAAAGUCUGAAUGUAGUGGAUUAUUCUGUCCAUCCACGGUUUUAUUUACGUAACCUGUUCUUUCGAACGUGCUAUUUACUACAAGUUGGGAUAGUUCCCAUAUUUGUUCUCGAAGGGGCUGCACCACCCAUCAAAUAUGACAUACUCGUCAAAAGAAAUCAUGUCCAAUUCCGUGGGGCUCGCCCAAGAAGAACAACUUCCGGUGCAUCCGAACAGCAUCGUAAUCGUUUCCAGCAUGUCAUGAAACAGUGUGAAGAGCUGCUGGGUACGAUGGGUCUCACUUGCGUCCAGGCACCAGGAGAGGCUGAAGCGCUGUGCGCUUAUCUCAACAGAGAGAAUCUUGUUUACGGUGUGGUAAGUCAAGAUUCGGACUGCUUUGCGUAUGGUGCAGUUAAGGUAUUCCGGAAUUUCUCCGCCACCCAAAGAGGAGGCUCAGUCGAUAUAUAUGAUAUGGAGAGGAUUCGAAAUGUGAUAGAUUUGGGCCAGCCAAAAAUAAUUGCUAUGGGUUUACUUUUGGGGUGUGAUUACUGUCCAGGUGUCUCUGGCGUUGGUCCAGGGGCUGUUCAAAAGUUGCUCGCUCGUUAUGAUAAUAACGAAAUACUGGAAAAAUUGAGAUCAUGGGGAAAACCGUCGAAACGUUUAAUAAACUUAGAAGCAAUAAUGAGAGAAGAGAACACAUGCGCGGAUUGUGGUCACCGCGGAAAGUCUGCUGCCCACCGACGGAGUGGCUGUCCAGAUUGCAAGACCAAAACUGGCUGCGAUAAAUCGAAAUGGGCAAACGAACGUCUUCAGAUUAGAGCAGAAAUGGAAAUAAAACGGAAAUCAUGGCUAACCCCAAACUUUCCUUCGGAAGCGAUUAUAGAUGAAUUCAUGGUUCGCCCGCGCAAGCUUCCGCCGUUGGAUCUUGGAUGGAAGCAACCAAAUAUGGUUAAAUUCAUACAAAAAAUGAGAGAUUUGCUUCAAUGGAAUGAAAUACAUUGCUUCCGAAAGCUGCUUCCUUUGUUUACGAGAUGGCAACUGGUAACUCUGAGUCAGAAAUCAGCUGGGAAACUUAGUGUCAUGCUCGUGCCGAGUUACAUAAAGAAGAAACGCUUCCCCAAAGGAGUCGCCAGCUAUGAAAUCGUUUGGAGUGACGAGGCAUUCUUAUUUGCGGGAUUAGUUCGAGAUGGACAGAUUGCAACAUUCUUGGGUGUGUCGGGAAAUACGAUGGAUACGCUGUGGAGCACGAUCGAGCCAAAGGAUCUCGUCGAACUGGUUUAUCCGACAUUGGUUGAGUCGUUUUUAGCAUCGGAAAGUAAACCUAAAAAGAAAACGACAAACGACAAAAAAGCACAGGAAAUCAGUGGGUCCAAACAAACCAGCAGUUUAGAUCAACCCACAUUAUGGGAAUGCAUGAGGGCGGAUGAAUUCGAGGAUGUCGACCGUACAGAUUGCGUAAAUGGGUCAUCAGCGGCAGCCACAUGUUCGGGAAGAACAGAUGAAAAUGAUGACUUGAAUAUGACGCUCAUUCUUGAACGAAUAGCGAAUGAGAAUCCGGAUGAUGAUUCAGACUCAUGUCUAUCCGAUGUUAUUGACCGCGUGUGUGACCCUAACUAUGGGAAGUGCUCUUCAGGAAACGACAUUGUACAGCCCCGCUUUGGAGUAGAGGAACUACUAGCCAUGAGUGUCAGAAUUGACGAAAUGGAAAACAUCGCGGAGUCGAAUGCAAAUGUGGAAAGAAGACUUUUACUGAAGAAAGACAUUAAUAUUCAUGCAACAGACGUUUGCAAUAUCUCAUUGCUAAAUGGGUCUCAUUGGCUAAGGGAGGAAAGCCUCUUUUUCGAACCACUCGAAGUUCCACCACCGGAAUUACAGGAUAGUUUCGACGAGAUGGAUAUGUUUGAGUGCUCGUUUAUGCUUAAAGAUCAAGUGGUAGUGCCAAUGUCAGAUCGAAUGAAUCAAACAAUAGUGUUUGACAUAGAUUUUUGAGCCGUUAAAUGUAUCUUUAUUUUUGUACUCGUUGUUUCGUAAAGACGCGUCCACAUCACGUCAAUCGGCCUUGGCCGCCCGUUAAAGCCGACUAAAUGUGGACGUACCGCUCGGGUUUGCCGAUAUGCCGAAAAGCGAUUCACGGUUGGUUCUAUCUAAAAAUAACCUGUAUUUCCUAAAUUUUGAACCGAUAUG